AUACAAAUCUCCCUAGCCAGCAGCGACGAACGAAUAGUUCGUCGCGAUUAAGCGAACCCAGUGGGGCCAAUGAAUCGGUUCCGCUCUGCGCCUCUGUAGCAUUUAUAGGCGUCUCGUUUGUAGCAAGGUUCCUCGACUGUCAUGUUGCUCCCUCAAAUGAGCCUCAACGUGCGAAUGAGCAUCGCAUUGACGGCAGUGCUUGAAGGAUUACACCCGUAAGGAAAGUUAAAACCCCAAAUCGAUUUCGCACAUUCCUGCCACCACUCUCGGGAUCGACGAUCCCCUUUCCGUCUACAACACGCGCUGUAUCGGGGAAUCGAUCCGAUCGUAAUCGACACUUUCCGAGUCGCGCGUCCGCUGUUUGUAAGGUUUGUGAGGGGGGUUGGUGUGGAGACGUGGCCAUUGACGGGUGAACCUAGCCUGGCACAAACGUCCCGGAAACGUUGUUGUUGUGGUGGUGGUGGGAGACGUGGAAGGGAGUCCCAUGGCGGAGUUGAGUCGAGACCUGCAGGAGUACCUGCUGCUUUCAUCCUCCUCCUCCUCCUCGCGGCCCGGGCCCGGGGCCGCCUCGCAAGGAGCAGCGGCCGGGUCCGGGCGAGGGCCGCAGCGCUCGGCCUGGGCCUGGCCCGGCCGCCUGCUCCCCUGGGCCACGGCGGAGGAGAGGGAGACGGCGCCUCCGUCGCGGGGAGACGGAAUCAUUCCCAGCCUGUCCAAGAAGCAGAGGAUCGUCGGCUUUGUGGGCUUCAUCGCGAUGGGCAUCUUCUGCUUCUCCCUGGCAGCGAUGUACGCCCCCUUCAUGCUGCUGAAGGCGCGCAAGUUCGCUCUCCUCUACACCAUGGGCAGCCUCUUCGUGAUCAGCAGCUUUUCACUGCUGUGGGGCCCCUGGAGCCACGUGCGGCACCUCUGCUCCUCCGAGCGCCUCCCGUUCACCGCCGCCUACUUCGGCUCCAUGGUGUUCACCCUCUACUUCGCACUCUGGAUGCAGAGUACGCUGCUCACCUCUGUGGGAGCCAUUGUGCAGAUGGUCGCCCUGCUCUGGUAUCUGAUAAGUUACAUUCCUGGGGGCCAGGCUGGACUGCAGUUCUUCACAAGUCUCUUCUCCUCAGCAGUUAAACGCACAGUCAGCAAAACGCUGCCUGUCUGACACACGUACACGCACACACGCGCACACAGCCACACAUGCACACACAAGACAUGUACACACACACACACACCAGGCUCAGUUCGCCACUAAAUGGCGGUGACAUCACCGUGGCGCUUGUGCCAGACUAGGUGCAGCUUGAAGCCACGUGAAAUGUCAAAGGCUGGCUGGCAGGUCACAAGACAGACCCAGGUGUCAUGGGUUGACGGACUGAGAUGACGGGUAGAUGCACCAGCUGUGCUCCCCAGUGUGCCAACUCUCUGCAUUUUAGCUGCCCGAUGUUCCGGUCGUUGUUGUGAGUGUUGCUCCUCUGCCCUCUGUUGUUGCUGGAGGAUGACUGCCUCCAACUGCUCCAGUCGCAUCGCUCAUGAGCCCUUUCCACAGAUGCCAAUCUAGACACCGCUGGUACCGGUCACUGGCAAGUCCACUCAGCGCCACAUCCUCCUCUCCCGUAUUCACGUGGACACACAUGGGCACGUGUAUGCACAGAUUAGCACAUAGAAACACACCGUAACACACUCACCACGUUGCGUUCAGAUCGCCAAGUCUGCAACAGAGCAACUUCUAUUGACUUAUCAACCCAGCUACUUCAACCACAGGCAACUACAACAACCAACUUUCGCGAUGCAACGACAAAGAUGUAGCAGAGCAACCUGAACUUUGUUUGAUCCAACUAAAGUAACUUGGGUUGAGCAUUUGUAAGCGACCCCAGGUCACUUGUAAAUGA